UGCACGCGCCCCAAGAGAAGGCAAGGAGAAGAGCGCCGGGAGCCUGGACGUUCUGACUAACACUGCUCCGCGGUGGAUAGGUCAGCUGUUGUGAAGGUGUUUCAGGGUCCCGGUCCGGAAAGCGGAUGGGAACCUCCGACCAGUGACUGGACCCCAAGUUGAAUGGAAACUAAGCAUCCCCGAACGGACCGGACGCAGCCUUCUUCUUCUUGUUGACCCCCAUUGUGAUUGUGGCAUCGUCGUGACAGAGGAGAGUGAGGCAGCCUACGGAACACACACACACACUGCCCGUUAUUAUGGAAACCUUCGUUGAGGGGGCCCGAGUCUGGGUCAGGCACAGGGAUCAGCUGCUCCCGUCUACAGUCAGCUCCUGUGCGGACGCCUCCUUGGUUCUCACUACGGACUAUGGAGAGGUGAUUUGCUUGCAGCCAGGGGAGAUAAGCAGGGAGAAGGUGUACGCCAUGCACCAGACCAGUAUCAGUGGAGUGGAGGACAUGUCCACCCUGGUGGAGCUUCAUGAAGCUGCCAUAAUGCACAACCUGUACCUCCGCUACUGCCAGGACUGCAUCUAUACCAACAUUGGCUCCAUUUUGGCAGCGAUGAACCCGUAUAAGCAGAUCCCUGGGCUGUACGACCCAGCUGCCGUCGAGCUGUAUAGCCAACACCACCUGGGAGAGCUGCCGCCUCACAUCUUCGCCGUGGCCAACGAGUGCUACCGCUGCUUGUGGAAGAGGCACGACAGCCAGUGCGUGCUCAUCAGUGGUGAAAGUGGUGCUGGAAAGACAGAGAGCACCAAACUACUGUUGAAGUUCCUGUCGGUCAUGAGUCAGAAAUCUGCUGGGACUCCACCUUCGGAGAAGACCACCAGAGUGGAGCAGGCAAUUGUGCAGAGCAGUCCAAUCAUGGAGGCGUUUGGGAACGCGAAGACCGUCUACAACAACAACUCAAGCCGCUUUGGGAAGUUCAUCCAGCUGCACUUCUCCCAGAGUGGCAACAUCCAAGGGGGCUGCAUUGUUGACUAUUUACUUGAAAAGAACCGUGUGGUGCGUCAGAAUCCUGGAGAGAGGAACUAUCACAUCUUUUAUGCACUGCUAGCUGGAGCUGAUGAGGACCACAGAGAGCUGUACUUCCUUGAAGAGCCGCAGAACUACCACUACCUGCGCCAAUCUGGGUGUGUGAAGGACAAGAGCCUGGAUGACAAACGGCUAUUUCACAGCGUUAUGGAAGCCCUAAAGGUGAUGGAGUUCACUGAAGAGGAGAUACGAGAUGUCUUCAAGCUGCUGUCUGGAGUUCUGCAACUGGGCAACAUUGAGUUCAUGACUGCGGGUGGGGCUCAGAUCACAACCAAAGGAGUGGUCAGCAUUGUGAGUGAUUUGCUGGGCCUUGAUUCCUUCCAGCUGUCGGAGGUUCUGACCCAGCGCUCUAUGAUCCUGCGUGGAGAGGAAAUCUGUUCACCCCUUACUGUGGAGCAGGCUGUAGACUCACGGGAUUCAGUUGCCAUGGCAUUGUACUCGCAAUGUUUCUCCUGGAUCAUCAUGAGGCUCAACCAGAAGAUCAAAGGGAAGGACAACUUCAAAUCUGUCGGAAUUCUGGAUAUCUUUGGAUUUGAGAACUUUGAGGUGAACCGGUUUGAGCAGUUCAACAUCAACUAUGCCAAUGAGAAGCUGCAGGAGUACUUCAACAAGCAUAUCUUCUCCCUCGAACAACUGGAGUAUAACAGGGAAGGUAUACACUGGGAAGCCAUUGACUGGAUGGACAAUGCGGAGUGUCUGGAUCUAAUAGAAAAGAAACUGGGCAUGUUGGCACUCAUCAAUGAGGAGAGCCGCUUCCCCAAAGGCACAGACUACACCCUGCUGGAGAAAUUGCACAGCCGUCAUGCUGCAAACCCAUAUUAUGUGAAGCCUAGGGUGGCUGAUCACCAGUUUGGCAUCAAACACUAUGCUGGAGAGGUCCUGUACGAUGUCAGGGGGAUCCUGGAAAAGAACAGAGACACAUUCAGAGAUGACAUUUUGAAUAUGCUGAAAGACAGCAGGUUGGACUUCAUCUAUGACCUGUUUGAGAGGGUGGGAAGCAGAAAUGGCGAGGAGACGCUGAAAAUGGGUACUGCCAGACGCAAGCCCACCGUUAGCUCCCAGUUUAGGGACUCUCUUCACUCUCUCAUGGCCAGCCUCAGUGCCUCCAACCCCUUCUUCAUCCGCUGCAUCAAACCCAACAUGGAAAAGAAUCCAGGUAUUUUUGAUCCAGAAGUGGUCUUGAAUCAGCUGCGGUACUCUGGGAUGCUGGAAACGGUGAAGAUCCGUCGUGCUGGGUUCCCUGUACGCAGGACCUUCCAGGACUUCCUCAGCCGGUACAAGAUGGUCCUAAAGGGCAGAAGCUCCGGUGCUGAUGAGAAGCGUAUGUGUGCAGACCUGCUAAUGUCCUACGAUGGUGUGCAAAAGGACUGGCAGCAGGGGAAAACAAAGGUGUUCCUCAAGGAAGCGCUGGAGCAGAGGCUGGAGAAGGAGAGGGAGGAGGUGCGGCACAAGGCGGGCAUGGUGAUCAGAGCCCACAUACUGAGCUAUGUGGCAAGGAAGCAUUAUAAGAAGGUCCUGGCCAGCAUCAUCCUCAUCCAGAAGAACUACCGAGCUCACUUCUGGAGACGCGCGUUCCUUCGUCUGCGUACAGCCGCAGUGAUCUUCCAGAAGCACCAUCGUGGACAGCUGGCUCGGAGGGUGUUCUGCCAACUGCUCGAGGAAAAAAGGAGACGAGAGGAAGAGGAGAAGAGGAGGAGGGAAGAAGAAGAGAGGAUAAAGAGAGAGGAGGAGGAGAGGCGGAGAAGGGAGGAGGUGGAAAGACUAAGAAAAGAGGAGGAGGAAAGACUGAGGCAACUCGAAGCAGAGGAACUCAAGAAGAAGGAAGAGGAAGCAGAAAGACUCCGGCUCCAGCAGGAAGAGGAGGAGCUAAAGAGGAAGCAGGAGGAAGAGGAGUUCAAGGCCAAAAAGGGAGAGGAGGCGAGAGAAAACAGAAGCAACGUGGAACCUCAUCGCACUUAUCCUCAGUCGGAAUUCUCUUCAUCCCGAAGCAUUUGUGAGGAGGAGAAGCGUCAGAUGGAGGAGAUCCUUCGGCUGGAGCGGGAGAUUGAGCGGUUGCAGAGGCAGCGGGAGGACGGGGUGUCCCAGCUCUGCGAGCGGUCCCGGGCCGAGCUGCAGCAGCAGCGUGACGCUGAGAUCUACCGGCUGGAGAAGGAGGCCUCGCGUGUGGCCACCGAGUUCCUGGAGCUGCUGGACUUUGGGGUCCUGGAGCAGUCGGUCUCCAGCGAGGAGAACCUCCACGAUGCCUCGGACUCCAGUGCCCCACUGGCUGAGGAGGAGCUGGAUGAGGGCUUCCACGCCGACGAUUUCCCACCCACUGAAGAGUACCCGUUGGAUCAAAAUGUCUUCACCAACCUGCCGCCACCUCCACCCAUCUUCAGAGAAGAUGCAGCUUCCAUUUCCACCCCCACUUCUGUACCUCUGCCACCCCCUCCGGCUGCUGCCAAGGAGGAAUUUGGACCGGACUACAAGCGCAUCGACAAGGCUAGGCAUGCCAGCGUACCGGACUUGGAGGAACCCAUCUACAGCAAUCCGCCCGACAUGGAGUCGGACUACGAUCAGGAAGAGUUUUAUGAGGCCCAGCGUUUCUCCAGAGGUGCUGCCACUGUGAAUGGAAGUCACGUGGCUGAAAAGGAGAUCCUCCGCAAGUCCUCCUGCACUUACAACAGUAUGGACUCAUACCACGGCAGCUCAGAAUCUUUUAUUGACAGUGAUGAUGACAACGAUGUGGACACAGAUGAGGAAGUGUCCAACGGCAGAGUCAGUGUGAUAAACGGCAGCGGACCCCCAUACUUCCACAGCUACCUCUACAUGAAAGGUGGGCUAAUGAACCCUUGGCGCCGGCGCUGGUGUGUGCUAAAGGACGAGACCUUCAUGUGGUUCCGGGCCAAGCAGGAGUCUCUCAAGUCUGGCUGGCUGUACAAAAAGGGCGGGGGCCUGUCCACAUUGUCCCGGAGGAACUGGAAGAUGCGGUGGUUCGUCCUGCGUGACUCCAGGCUCAUGUACUUUGAGAACGAUAGCGAGGAGAAGCUGAAGGGCACCAUCGACAUCCGUGGCGCUAAGGAAAUAGUGGACAACCACGAGAAGGAGAACGCGCUGAACAUUGUGACCGAGGACAGGACCUACCAGGUCUUUGCCGAAUCCCCAGAGGAUGCAAGUGGCUGGUUCAGUGUGCUCAGUCGGGUCCACAGUGCUACCCUGGAUGAGCUCCUGGAGAUGCAGCACGAGCAGGCUAACCCUAAGAAUGCUAUGGGAACUCUUGAUGUCGGGCUGAUUGAUUCUGUCUGUGCCUCAGACAAUCCCGAUAGACCCAAUUCCUUUGUGAUCAUUACGGCCAACCGGGUGAUCCACUGUAACACGGACACACCUGAGGAGAUGCACCACUGGAUCAGCCUCCUGCAGAAACCAAAGGGUGACUCCAGGAUCGAUGGGCAGGAGUUCUUGAUCAGAGGUUGGCUUCACAAGGAGAUGAAGUCAGGUGGCAAGGGCACUGCUCUCAAGCUGAAGAAGCGCUGGUUUGUCCUCACCAAUAAUUCCCUGGACUACUACAAGACUUCAGAACGUGGGGCCUCCAAGUUGGGCACACUUGUGCUCAACAGUCUCUGCUCUGUAGUGCACCCAGAUGAGAAGGUCUUCAAGGAGACUGGCUACUGGAACAUCAUUGUGCAUGGUCGCAAACACUCCCAUCACCUCUACACAAAGAUGCUGAAUGAAGCCAUGAGGUGGACAUCUGCCAUACAGGGAGUCAUUGAGAGCAAGGUCCCAAUUGAGACACCCACACAGCAACUGAUUCGGGACAUCAAGGAGAACAGUCUAAAUGUGGAGGCGGUGGAGCAGAUGUACAGAAGGAACCCCAUUCUGAGAUAUACCCAGCAUCCUCUGCACUCGCCUCUACUGCCCCUGCCAUACGGCGAGGUCAACAGCUUUCAAAAGGAAAAGGGCUACGCCAGUCUUCAGGAUGAGGCCGUGAAGAUCUUCAACUCUCUCCAGGAGAUGGAGGUCGUGUCAAACCCUGUGCCCAUCAUCCAAGGCAUUUUGCAGACAUGCCAAGAUCUGCGGCCGCUACGGGAUGAGGUGUACUGCCAACUGAUCAAGCAGACUAAUCACGUUCCUCAGCCCAACAGUGCUGCCAAUCGCGCACACUGGCAUUUGAUGACCUGCAUGAGCUGCUCUUUCCUGCCCAGCCGCUCCAUAUUACGCUACCUCAAGUUCCAUAUAAAGAGGAUUAAGGAACAAUUUCCUGGAACCGAAAUUGAGAAGUAUGCAAACUUCAUUGGGGAAUCCUUGAAGAAGACCAAGUCCAGGGAGUACGUGCCAUCCCAGGCAGAGAUUGUUGCCCUGCUCACCAGACAGGAAAUGACCACCACAGUGUACUGCCAUGGAGGAGGCUCCUGCAAGAUCUCCAUCAACUCACACACCACUGCUGGAGAGGUGGUGGAGAAGCUAAUCAGGGGACUAGCUAUGGAGGACAGUCGGAACAUGUUUGCCCUCUUUGAGCACAACAACACCACUGAUCGGGCUGUGGAAAGCAGAGUCAUUGUGGCAGAUGUGUUAGCCAAGUUCGAGAGGCUGGCAGGCAGCGAGCAAGAAGGGAAGUGGCGGUUGUACUUUAAACUCUACUGUUUCUUGGAUGUGGAAAGCGUGCCUACAGAAGGAGUGGAAUUUGCCUUCAUGUUCGAGCAGGCGCAUGAGAGCCUGAUCAGUGGGCACUUACCUGCCCCAGAGGAGACACUUCAGCACCUCGCUGCCCUGCGUCUACAAUACUUACACGGAGAUGAGGGCCGGAUUGCCUGGAGUCUAGACAGUAUCUACCCUGUGGGGCGCCUCCGUGCCCGCAUCCUGCAGUCUGUCAAGGUGGGUGGGACCGGCGGGGCUGCCGGGUCAGGUGGCCAAACCCUGGAGCGGCGGCGCACAAGCUUCCUGGAGGGUACGCUGCGGCGCAGUUUCAAGACUGGCUCGCUGAGGAAGCAACGUAUGGAGGAAGAGCAGAUGUUGGAGAUGUGGGUGAAGGAGGAGCUGUCAGCCACGCGUGCCAGUGUCCAGGAGAAGUGGUCCCGUCUCCGGGGUCUUUCGCAGCACCAGUCCAUGUUCAAGUACAUGUCGAUUGUCAGGGAGUGGCCUGGCUAUGGCUCCACCCUCUUUGACGUAGAGUGCAAGGAGGGAGGCUUCCCUCAUGAUCUGUGGCUAGGGGUCAGCGCUGAGAGUGUGUCUGUCUACAAGAGGUGGGAGCCCAAGCCCCUGGAGACCUUCCCUUAUGAGCACAUUGUCUUCUUUGGUGCACCUCAGGUUAGCACCUUCAAGAUCACUGUGGAUGAGAGGGAAAUGUUCUUCGAAACUUCACAGGUUGGAGAAAUCACCAAGAUCAUGAAAGCCUACAUUAAUAUGAUAGUGAAAAAGCGGUGUAGUGUGAAAUCUGUAUCAAGCUACGGGAGUGCCUGGAUCAGGUGACUGGAAAGGAUGAAUCAUAAAACAGUAUCUUCAUACUGAAGAUGGAUCCAGUGGAGCUGGGGAACCCAUCAAUGGUUUCCAAACUGUUAGCUGAUGGACAGGCUAAUAUGCUAAGUGGUCAUCCCUCUGUUUGGAAGAAAAAACUGGAAUGGUGACUUAACCCAGAAGAUCUCUUAGAUGCAUCUCAGCUUAUGCACACACACAACUUGCACAACACAGGAUACACUGUAUUUAUUAAUUCCUUUUACAUUUAAGCUUACAGAAGCAAUCUCUUGAAGAUAGACUAGAGGACAAUAGCACAAGUGAUCAGUUCUUCCCCUGUUCAUUGCCAACAAAAUAAUAGAACUGUGCCUUUGCAUCUACCUUUGUUGUGCAAAAGGGUUUUUUUUUUUUAAAAAAAAGAAAAAAAAAAUUUUGACAUAACCUUGGAAUGUACAUGGUCUCCUCAAAGGGAGACCCCAGUUCUGACAUUGGUGCCACAGGAUCACAAAUUUUUCUAGAUGAGUGGUAUGGAAUUGAUGCCUUCACCAGUGCCAUGAUCCCCAGUAUGCUCCAACCAAGCCAUGCUGGAUGACCACUUUUACCACUGGAAUCUUUAUGAAUUUGUCAAAUUUAAACAAUUGGUGAUUGUUGUAAAUAUACAUUUAGACAUUGUAAUUUUUUACAACAAAUCGUACCUUCUUUUAAUCACUUUCAGGCCAAGUUGCAUAUGAUCAUUAGACAGGGCUUUUUCAUUCUGAAUCAGUGAUACAUGAUGAUCCAACAGUAUAACAAAAAGGUGGAUGUAAAAGCUUUAAACAGCUGUUGCAAAUAUGACCUGUGCUAGAGGUUCAGGUUUCAGGUUUAGGAAACAGUAUAUUUGCUGUGUAUGCAACACGUGAAAGAUGUUUUCCAUCAUUUGCCUUAGUCAUGCUGCUUUGGAGCCCAGUCACUGUGGAUCUGUUACUGAACUGUUCCUCCCAAAUCUGGGUAGUUUUAACAGUGCUGCUUGGGCAACAGCCACUAAUGUUCAGCAUUUCACUAUGUUCACAACAAAAUUGGCCUUUGUGCUGACAAAGAAGAGUCCAUGGGAGUAAAUGGAAAAAAUUUAAAAUAAUUGCUAUGUAAUCUUUUACAAAAAGCACAGUAACUCCAAACAGCAUGUUGUGUCCCCUGCAUUUCAAACGUAUGCUAUUUGGCAUUCAGGUGCUUUUUGUUAGCAUGAUGCUGGUUUUUGAUUGGAAGUUCUCAGUCUUAUAAAGUGUUGUUGAAAAGUAUCGGUGUACUUCUCUUACUGGAGGAUGACUAUUUACAGCGAUCCUUUCUAUGCAACAGGAGGGAAGGUUCAUACAUCACUUUGAAUCUAAAAAGGGUGUUCACUUGUAAUGGUGUGUAAUGUGGAUGAGGGAUGCAGAAUACAGCAGGCACUUGAUACAGUGGUCUUUUGUUGCCAGGAUAUUCAGGCCUCACCACCACACCAUGUGUCUGGUCAGCUACUGUUACACAAAGGCUUCUGAUUGGCUGCUGGCAGCUACAUCAGAUCCAGAAUGUAUUCCUUUAUUAUUGUAAUUAA